AUGGCUGGUCCAACCUACAAGCUUCCCAAGCUUCCUUACGCUUAUGAUGCUUUGGAACCCAGCAUCUCCAAGCAGAUUAUGGAGCUCCACCACUCCAAGCACCACCAAACCUACAUUACCAACCUAAACAAAGCGUUGGAGACUUCUGCGACAGCUCUAUCGCAGGGUAAACUUCAAGAUUCGGCUGCUCAGCUGUCGGCAAUCCGCUUCAACGGCGGUGGUCAUAUCAACCAUUCACUGUUUUGGGAGAACCUUGCGCCAUCUUCGUCGCCAGACGCAAAGUCGGAUGCAGCCCCCAAGCUCUUGGCAGCUAUAACUUCCACAUGGGGAAGCCUUGACAAGUUCAAAGAGGUCUUCGCUGCUGCCCUAUUGGGCAUUCAAGGCAGUGGCUGGGGCUGGUUGGUGAAGGAGGCAGUGACAGGUCAGCUCCGGAUUGUUACAUUGGCUAACCAAGAGGCGGUUGUCGUUGGUGACACUCCAAUCUUUGGUGUUGACAUGUGGGAACACGCAUAUUACCUUCAGUACCUGAAUGGAAAGGCAGCUUAUGUCGAGAACAUCUGGAAGGUAAUCAACUGGAAAACAGCUGAGGCUCGUUACACUGGCGCACGCGAGGACGCUUUCAAGGUGCUCAAGGCAAACAUGUAG